AUGAGCAAUUAAAAAGCUAUUGUUGAUAAUAAGCUAAAGUUGACUUAGACAAAUCCUUAUGUUGUUUCUCAUAAAGCUUACGAUUCAGGACCUUUAGGAUUUACUUCAUCUACAGGAUUUUAAUUUUAUGAAGUUAAAGAGAAUGACCCUAGGUUUUCAAAAAAGUUUAAAACUGCCAAUCCAGAAGAUUAUGAUUAAUCAGUGGCUAAGAAGGCUAAAGUAAUAAAAAAGAUAGAAUAUUCUGGAGGAUAUCGUGUACCUAAAGAGUCCUUAAAUAAACCUUAUAUGAAAAAUAAAUGUUGGAAAUCAAAUGAUGACCAAGAUGAUAACGAAAAAUACAGCAAAGAAUAAAUUAUGAAGAAAUUAGGAUUAGAAAUUCCAAAUUAGCAAUCAAAUAGCUCUAAAAAAAGAAAGUAAUCAAGAUCCAGAUCUAGAUCUUUAGGAACUAUUUAAGAAAAAAAUAGAUAAAAUAUUACAAAUAUGAGCUCUUAAGCUCUUGUCAAUGAAGCAGAAAAGAAGAUCAAUGAUAUACAUUAGCGUAGAGAAGAAUAAAAUUAGAGAUAAAAGAGAGAAGACGAGUUAAGAAAGAAAGGUCAAAAACUUAUUUUAUAGAACUAAGAAACACAUGAGGAAGUGUAUGUGACAGUAGAUUCUCACAAAAUAAAAAUGAUACAAACAUAUAUCAAAUAACUUGAACUUUAAGAAUAGCUUGACAACAUACAAAGACUAAAAUCAGAGAACAUUUAUACAAGAUCACCUUCAAAGAUGAAAAAAGCACUAACUUUAGAAGAUAAAAUGAAGAAAGAAUUCACCUUAAAAGAGAUUUAAAAUGAAUUAAAAUAUGUAGAAUUAAUCAGAAAUCAUGAAAUUUAUAAAUUAGAAAAAGAGAAAAUUGCUUAAAUUGCAAAGGUUUACUUUGCUCUUAAUAAGAAAGACUUUGACUUAAAUGAGUUUUUAUCUCCAAACAAUGAAAGAUGGGGCAAAUCUCCAGUCGUUAGUAUCGCUAAGAAUGAAUAAAAUCCAUUCAGCCAUUUGCUUUUUUCGAGAGAAGCAUAUAUUUUACUAGUUGAUAGGAUAGUGAAAGAAUUGCAAGAUCUUCAAAAAAAAUCAGAGAUGUUUAACAGUCUUAAUCAAAGUAAAGACAGAAAGAUUGAGAGUGUUGACAGCGUUAUUAUAGAAAAGUUUUUUAAUUAAAGAAUAAAUGUUAAGGACAUACUAAAUAUAUAAAACGAACAAAUUUCUAAACUAAUUUCAAAGAAAGAAACAGUUUCUGUUCAAGAUAUCAAAAAUUAGCUGAUUAAUAUUGCUAACAUUUAAAUUAAUGAAAGAAACCAAAUUAUCAACAAAAUAGAACAAUAAUAUGAAGAAAAAAUGAAAAUAUUAAGAGAUGAGUUUGAAAAGUAAGAGAAAAUAAAAGAACUAAAUUAGGAAUUAGAAAUUAUCAAAUAAGAAAAUCAAGAGUAGGGAAUUGAAAAUCUAGAUGAAUAAUAAAUAGAAAAAAUACUAGAUAUGGAGGAAAAUCAUUUAGGUGGCUAUGACUCUGACCCCGAAGCUUUAACACUCUAGUAAAGAACUAUCAUGAUAUGUAAAUAGAAAAGGGAAUUAUAAAAAGAAGUUUUGCAAAGGAGAUAAGAAAGAUGCAAAUCUGAAGAUAAAUUCCGUUUAACUCUACCUAUUCCUUAAGAAUUUGAAGAACGUGCAAGAUAAAGUAAAUUUAAAAAAAGUAUAAGAUAAACUAAGCUAGAAGAAAUGAUAAAGGAAUUGUAAGAAAAGGAUAAAUCAAUAUAUGGAUAUGUUUUUAAACCAAAAGAAAUACCUGAGAGUGUCAGAAUUCCAAAUUUAUACGAAUAAAUUAUGGAAGAAAAUGAUAAGAGAAGAGAAAUAGUUAGAUAAACUUCAAAAUAAAUGACACUAGAAAACGAAAGACCUUUUAGUUUCUACUACAGAGAUAUGGAUAAAGAAAAAGUAUAUAAAAGACCAUACUGGGAAAGAGAAAAAUUUGUGUUUAGAGCUAAUGCAAUUCCAAAGCAUGUGACUUAAAAAAGGUUAGAAAAAAUGAAAAAACUUCAAGAAGAAAAAAGGAAAUAAAGGGUAUAAAAAAGAAAAGAAGAACUAAUAAGAAUGUCUUCACUUCCUCCUAGAAUGGCUAAACAUGAAGAGGAAAAGAGGUAAAAAUUAUUAUAAGAAGCUGAUGAAUUUGAUGAAGAGGGUAAUCCUAUUUUGAAAUAGCAAAGCAGUAGCAAAUAUUUUAAAUACACGUUUGAACCUCCUAGAGCUAAAAAAAUACCUGAUUUUCAUAAACUUCAUAAGACAUUUUAGCAAGAACUUGAUGCUAAAAAAGCAUCAUUUAAACCUACAAUAAUGGAGCCAUUUGAUUUUGAAGAGUCUAGGAAAUUACCAAAUAGAGAUUAUUUAGAUUAAGAGAAUAUGCUAAUAAGAGCAACCUUAGACAAAUUUUAUCAGCAUAAAUCAGAAAAUAUUCAAAAAAUUACUUAUAUAGAUCCUGAUAAUUUGCCUCCCUCAACAAAGAAAUCUCAGGAGAUAAUAAAAUUCAGAAAAAAAUAAGAUGAAAUAAAAAGAUAAAAAGAAAAGGAACAGUAAGAUGAAUUACUUGCUAGAGAAAAAAAGAGAGAAGAAUUAAAAAAGAGAUUUUAUGCUUCAGAUGCACUUAAAAAUUUCUAAGAAGAAAGAGAGUAACAAAAACUAGAAAAAGAGAUGGAAAAAUAAAAACAAAAAGAGUAUGAGAAAUAGAUGAAUGAAGAAUUCCACAAUAAGAUAAAAGAAAAAUUGGAUGCAAAGCCUCUCCUUAUUGAAAAAUAUGAUAAAGAUUAGUCUGCCAUUGAGAAGGUCAAAGAAAAGUGGACAUACAAAAAUAGUUAAAAUAGCAAAUAUUCUUAAAAAUAUUGA